CGCUGGAGUAAUAGGCCUACUGGUGGCAAAGGUUUCACAUCCUCUUUGUUCGUCGGCAGUAACGUUGGCUAGCUAGGUUUACUUUCUACCGUCUCAUGCGGCGCUCACUAGCAAAGGUAGCUAAGAUACUGAUUGGCACAUGGGCCAUAAUGGAUUCCCCCAUUCCGCUCUCCUCCCUGCGCCUUUUGGUUCCACCUCUACGGCUGAUGUCUGCAUUUAUGUGGCAGGUAGCACAACAGAGGGCCAUCAAGCACUAUGGAAAAUUAGAGGAGUUUGUGACCGUGGUAACACAAACUGUCACAGAACUUAUGACUGACAGACAGAGGACCCUCCUUAUUUUGGGUCUGAGAGCAAGGGUAAACCCUGUCAGCCUCCAGACCCUCCUUUAUAGAAUAAAGUCUUCUCAACAUGCACAGUCCAAUGAUGCAGGCAUGGAAUCACCUGAAGCUAACUUUGCCAAGCUCACCCAAAACUUGAUUAUAGACCCGGUUGAGCGUGAACACUUCGUCCAAGUGGUGUUUCCUGAAGAAUUCAGACCUGAUUUUGACCAAGUGCUUCAGGAACUGGUCUGUGACUUUCUCACUAGAUUGGAAGAGCUGCUUACACUACCAGACUUUAAGCAGACUGCAUUGUUGCUGAGUGCUGGCUCCUCUGGCCUAGAUGAAUGCCUGCAGUCUUUCUCUCACUCAGAAGAUCUCCAGUUUCUGCUCCAGAAUUACAAACAAUGCAGAACAUUGUACACAAACAUUUCCUCCUCUGACAUUCCUCAGGAAUCAGAUAUUGAAUCUGAUGCCUUCCCUGACCAGUUAAAUCGUACCAAUCUGGACACUGGUGUGGGGAUGAGGACUGGGACACAAAGCAGAGACUGCCAAAGGAUGGAGUUGGCAUCACAUUUAGUGGAAAUGGGGAGCACAAGAGAUAUUAUAGGCUGCGAUGAAACCUGUGAUGAAGGGAAUGAAGAUGAUAUUGAUGUAGAGGAUGACCCAACACAGAAAAGGGCUGGUUCUGGUCUUUCUCCUACCAGUGUCGUGCAAGGUGGUGAUACAGACACCGUUGCAGGGGUGUCGUUUCAGGUGUUGACUCCCCUUUCUUCAGCUUCAAAUGAGUGUGCCCCAUCUACUUCCAGUUCAUCACACAUGGUUGUCCACCAGUGUCCUCAGUGUGGGAAGUGCUUUAAUUAUCAGUCUCAACUUGUCCAACACCAGCAAAUUCACUGUGGGGAUAAUCCAUACAAGUGCUCCAACUGCGGGAAUAGAUUCAAAUUCUUUACAAGUCUGUCAAACCAUAAGAGGAUGCAAUGUGUGGGCACUGCCUUUAGCUGCCCCAAAUGCUGGAGAGAGUUUGGUUCUCUGCGUGAGAAAUUGAGACACCAGUGUCCACACAACGAAGUCAUGUACAUCUGUCCACAGAGCGGGAAGAGUUUUAAGACACCACAGCAACAACCAUUCCAGUGCCGUCAUUGCGCAAUGGCCUUUUCCGAAAUGGAUCAACUGCAUGCUCACGAAAAAAUUCACGGAGUCCCCCAAACUCUUGACUGUCACACAUGUGGAAUGACCUUCAGCAACUUACCCAGUCUAGUGCACCACGUGGAAGCCCACAAGAGGUCGGAUCUGAGGCCAUCGUCGCACCUUCCAAAGAAGAAGAAAGGAUUGCAGCUUCCGAAAACUCACCAUUGUCACCAAUGUGGAAAGUCCUUUGUAACAAACCGACGCCUUAAGGAUCACGUGCGCACUCAUUUGAAUUAUCGUCCCUUCCCCUGCUCCUACUGUGGGAAAUGUUUCACUCAGAAAGGUAAUCUCAAUGUGCACAUAAGGAUCCACACAGGGGAGAGACCCUACAUGUGCUCUGUGUGUGGGAAGACCUUUCAGUCAGCAGGGAAUCUGCAGGUACACCAGCGCUUUCACACUGGGGAGAAACCCUACCAAUGCAAAGAGUGUGACAAACGUUUUACUAAGUCGAGCCAUUUAGUCGUCCACAUGCGUGGGCAUACUGGAGAGCGUCCCUUCACUUGUAAUGAAUGUGGAAGGAGUUUUAUCCGGAAAACUUGCUUAAAGAAACAUUUGCUAGUUCAUUCAGGGCAGAAGCCUUAUUCACGGCCUCGUUGCCCGAAUAAUUCCAAACGCAGUUCACAACCAAGCUAUCACAUGAAGGAGAAUCCUACUAAUGCGACUGCCAUGACUGGACAUGCGACUGCCAUGGCUGGACAUGCGGCCGCCAUGGCUGGUCAUGUGGCCGCCGUGGCUGGACAUGUGGCCGUACCAGCGAUCUAUCAUGACAGCCUUAACAUAAAAAUGUUGGCACAUGUUGGCAUGUCCCGAGGCUAUGCCAUGGAGAGACUAGGAGGCGGUCCUUCAAAUUGUUGAAUGCUGCCAUGCGCGUGGAAAAAUGGGAGUGCAAUUCGCUAGCGAAGCAACAAGUUAUGGGGAAAAAUCAAUACUAGUCCAGAGAGAUUAAUGGGUGUUCUAAUUAUUGUUAACACGGAAACAACGGCUUUUUUCAUUGUAGGUUUCAAACAAACGCUCUGCAAUGGCUUCAUGCACAGAAUUGAAUUGGAACAACUAAGAAUUUAUCAUUAACACAGAAACAAAGGAAUUGUCCAUUGUAGGUUUUCCAAAAACGUGCGUCAAUGGCGUCAUUCACGGAUGGGGGAGGGGCUUUGGUAGGUGAGGUGGGGUGUAGACUCUCUAGUCUUUCUCUAUACAUCAUGUCUCAGAACCUCAUCAAGUAGCUGAUUUGGUUGCCAAGGUUACCGGACCAAUUAAGAAGCUACUUUAUAGUUUCAUGUGAUGUUCUGUUUUUCUCAUUACAAAUAUUAUUCCUUUACAGAUGUAUUAGACAUGUAGAGCUGUUUGCAUGUAGACAUGUUUAUGUAAUAGGAGCGGUAGUCAUGGAUAGAGGGUGAACUGGUGAAAUGCAUGUGCAAUUGUAAUAUAAGUAUUUACUCUAACAGUAAUAAUGAUAAUGUGUUAUUUGAUAAGCGUAUUUCUAGACUUUCAAGGAAUCUAGAAAAUGUGUAUUUUCUGGUGUUAUAUUUGGAGGGUUGUGAUAUUCUUUGUUAUACCUAUUAUUAAAGGUUUUAAUACUUAA